GGAAGGUAGUCAUAGCCCCAACACAGGAAGAGAUGAAGAGUUCAAGAUGAGAAUGGUAUACAGGGGAUGCAGCAGGGACUAGAACAGAAGAUCCACUGGCGUCUUUCUCCCUCAGCUCAAACCCUUGCAUGAUUGUGAUGAAGGAAGAUCUUUUGGGCCUUUUGGCAUAGGGGACUUAUGGGCUUCUGGUAAGACACUGAAGAUGCUUGGCAGUCACCAUUGAAGCUGGGAUAGUGUCUUUCUAGAGUCAAAGCAUCCCUGUUUAUCCAUCUGCCUUCUAGGUCAGAUGUGAGGAUGUGAAGGAACUUAAAGUAUCAGACUGAACUGUGACAUUUCUUCUUUCUUUGCUCUUAAGUCUGGGCUCCAGGAGGGGCUUAAGAAUGGAGACCUUCCUGUCUCUUUCAGCUUGAGUGAGGUAUCUUCGUAAGAAAGCUCUGAGGUCUCAGAGCUAAACUGGGACCAAAGCACCUACAGCACUCUAUAGCUCCAAUUUUAUUUCUAGUAGACUACAUGACCUUGGAACCAUGGACAGAGACUUGAUAAAGCCCAACCCCUGGGACCCUGAUGCUGUUGAAGAGGGUCCUGGGUGGAAAGGGCAUCAUUACUUCUGCUGCAGGCCUAGAACUAUCUUUUCCGCAGAAUACCUGGAUUUUCUUUGAUGGAAGGUACCUGGAUGCAGUGGCACCAUAAGCAGCCGGUUCAAGUCAUCUCCUCACAUCUUCUGGAGGAGAUUCUGGGCUCCAUGAGAAAGCAGGAAGUUCUGAGAGAAGAGGAGUUCAGCCUUGUUCAGGGGGCCAGUUCCCCCACCCAGAAGGUGAAGGUGCUCAUCGAUCUGCUGGCUGGGAAGGGCAGCCGGGGCUCCCCGACUGGACAGGACUUCAUUGAGAAUUCUACUGCCCAGCUCAGCCUCCAUAGCACCAUCUAUGAUUCUGGGAUGCAGAAGCACUUGGAGGUUCUCCUGAGCAAAUAUGGAGUCAGUGUGGACUUAGGUCUCUUGUCAGAGAAAGCUGCCUCAGAAAGAUUGACCAACUUACUGUUAGUGGAAGGCUUGACAGACCUCCAACUAAAAGAGCAUGACUUCACCCAGAUUGAGGCCACUCGGGGCCAGAGGCAUGUGUCCAAAACAAUCCCCCUGGAGCGACUCUUCUUACCUCUCUCCAAAGUCUCUAUUCCUCCCCGGAUCUCUGUGACUGUUGGGGUGGCUGGUAUUGGCAAGACUACGCUAGUGACCUUGUAUGUCUCCAUGUGGGCCCGGCGGGAGAUCAGUAAGGACAUCUCUUUGGUGCUGCCUUUGAAUUUCAGGGAACUCAACGUUUAUGAGAAGCUGUCUGCAGAGAGACUUAUCCGCUCAGCCUUUCCCCAUAUCAGUGAAACAGAGUUGACAUACUUAGGUUCUGGGCAGGUCCUGAUGAUUCUAGAUGGGCUGGAUGAAUUUAAAGUACCUCUGGAUUUUUCCAAUGCGGUGGCUUGCACAGACCCUAAGAAAGAAAUCCCAGUGGACAAUCUUGUAACUAACAUCAUCCGUGGGAACCUCUUUCCAGAGGUUUCAGUCUGGGUGACAUCCCGCCCAACAGCUGCCGGCCAGAUUCCAGGGGGGUUGGUGGACCGGAUGACUGAGAUCCGGGGAUUCAAUGAGUUGGAGAUCCAGAGCUAUUUGAACCAGAUGUUUCCUGAUAGUCGUGACCUCCCUGGCCAAAUCCUGACUCAAGUCCAGGCCAACAAGGCCCUGUAUCUGAUGUGUACUGUCCCUUCCUUCUGCUGGCUGUGUGGAACAGUGCUGGGUUACCUGGUCAGAAAUGGAUUGGGAUGGCAAACCUCAGAGUUGGCUCCUCCAAGGACACUCUCUGAGAUCUAUGCAUGGUACUUCAAGAUGGCCCUGUGUGGGGAGGGACAGGACAAGCUGAGGGAAAGCCCAAGGAUUGAGCAGGCUGUCCACAGUGGCAGGAAGAUGAUGGGCACCUUGGGCCGAUUGGCCUUCCACGGCCUCCUCAGAAAGAAGUAUGUGUUUUAUGAACAGGACAUGAAAGCUUUUGGUGUUGACCUCCCCCUUUUACAGAGCAGUUUGUGCGGCCACUUCCUCCUGCAAGAAGAGACCCCAGCAUCCUCUGCCUACUGCUUCAUCCACCUCACCUUGCAAGAGUUUGCAGCUGCUGCCUAUUACUAUAGUGCAGCCAAGAGGGCGAUCUUUGACCUCUUCACAGAGAGCCGCAUGUCCUGGCCCAAGCUUGGCUUCCUCACCCACUUCAGGAACGCUGUGCAGCGGGCACUCCAGGAGGACAACGGGCAGUUGGAUGUGUUUUUACGCUUCCUCUCAGGUUUCCUCUCCCCACAGGUCAACUCCCUGCUGGCCGGCUGGUUCCUAGGGCGGGAUGAGCACAGCAGCUACCGGGCCCAGGCUGUAGCUCACCUGCAGGGCUACCUCAGGGCUGAUGCCUCUAUCUCCUCCCGCACUGUGAAUACCCUACGGUGCCUGCAUGAACUGCAGCACACAGAGCUGGCCAGGAGUGUGGAGGAGGCCCUGAAGAGUGAGAGCCUGGCUGGGCUGCUGGACCCCAUGCACUGCUCGGCUCUGGCCUACCUCUUACAGGUCUCUGAGGUCUGUGCCCAGGAGACCAACCUUACCAGGUGCCUCAACUAUGCCAUCCUCAAGAGCCUGCUGCCCCAGCUCCUCUACUGCAGGAACCUCAGGCUAGAUAACAACCAGUUUCAAGACAAUGUGAUGGAGUUGCUGGGCAGUGUACUGAGCAGCAAGGAUUGUCAUAUUCAGAAGAUCAGCUUGGCUGAGAAUCAGAUCCACAGCAAAGGGGCCAAGGCUCUGGCCAGAUCCCUCCUGGUCAACAGAAGUCUGACUGUCCUGGAUCUUCGAAGUAAUUCCAUUGGACCACAAGGAGCUAAGGCCCUGGCAGAUUCUUUGAAGAUUAACCGGGUCUUGGUGUCUCUGAGCCUCCAGAAUAAUGCCAUUAAGGACGACGGUGCCAAGUUCAUCGCAGAUGCCCUGAUGGUGAACCACAUGCUCUCCGUGUUGCACUUACAAAAGAAUGCCAUUGGCCCUCCUGGAGCCAAGCCGAUUGCAGAUGCCCUAAAGAAGAAUGGGACCCUGAAGGAACUCAUGUUUUCUAGCAACAGUAUUGGAAAUGACGGCUCCAAAGCUCUGGCAGAGGCACUGAAGGUGAACCAAGGUCUUAUCACCCUGGACCUUCAAAGCAAUUCCAUCAGUGAUGCUGGGUUGGCUGCCUUGACACGUGCUCUCUGCUCAAAUCAGACUCUUCUCAGCCUUAACCUCCGAGAAAACUCCAUCAGCCCAGAGGGAGCUCUGGAGAUCGCAAGUGCUCUGCGCAGCAACCAGGCCCUCCAGAACUUGGACCUGACAGCCAAUCUUCUCCAUGAUGAGGGCACGCAGGCCAUUGCAGCAGCGGUGAAAGAGAAUCGAAUCCUCAGAACCCUCCAUUUACAAUGGAACUUCAUCCAGGCCAAAGCUGCCAAGGCCCUGGGCCAAGCACUACAAUUCAACCAAAGCCUGACCAGCUUAGAUUUGCAGGAAAAUGCCAUAGGAGAUGAAGGCGUGAUGGCCCUCGCCAGGGCACUGAAGAUGAACACAAGCCUCACAGCUCUCUAUCUUCAGGUGGCAUCUAUUGGUGUGCUUGGGGCCCAAGCCCUAGGUGAGGCCUUGGCUGUGAACAGGACCUUGGAAAUUUUGGACUUAAGAGGAAACUCCAUUGGGGCAGCUGGAGCUAAGGCCAUGGCUAAUGCCCUGAAGACAAACCCCAGUCUCCGGAUGCUCAAUCUUCAAGAGAACUCCUUGGGAAUGGAUGGAGCCAUCUGCAUUGCCACCGCACUGUCCAGCAACCACGGACUCCAGCAUGUGAAUCUUCAGGGAAACCACAUUGGAGAAUCAGGUGCCAGGAUGAUCUCAGAAACCAUCAAGACAAAUGCCCCAGAUUGUAUUGUUGAAAUGUGAGCCACAAUCUCUGAUGGAACUUUCUCGUGCAGUAAGCAGAACAGGGAAGAAACCAAGCAGGAAGUCUGAACGCUAAGAAAUUAUUAAAACAAGUGAUAGCCUGAAGGUCAGUGGCAUGGUAGUUCUAGCAGGAAGGAGCUUAUUGAUCCUCUGGAAGAAAUUUCAAAGAGAGGUCAUCAUCUACCUCCAAAACUGAGCACCAGUACAGGAAUAGCAAUGAUUGAUAACCUGCAUAAGCAGGGUAAAUUCUUCUAUGGAUGGAUUCCAGGAUAUAGACCUUGUGAUUAAGGGUUCAGCCACUGGAACAACAGAGGAAGGUGGUUGGCCAUAGGUAAAUAGCUGUUUAUAAGGCCAUUAAAAGUAUCAACCUGACUUGUGUAACAGAGGAAACGUUCCUUGGUUCUUCCAAGCAACACACGUCGCUAAGAAGUCACAAUUCCUCAAGAACCGUGGAAAAACUGGGGAGGGGUGUGUUUCGAGAUGGUUUAAGUUGUGGGGCUCUGGAGAUGGAAAAACUAAAAUGGUAUUUUCAUUUCUCCAAGUUUUCCACCACGCCAGCACUAAGCAAAUUAUUCCUCAAUGACAAACAUAGGGGUCCUAGUAUACUAGACUGCAAACUCAGUAUGUCAGCAGUGUGAUGUGGCAACAGGAAAAAAAAAAAAAGCUGAUGUGAUUUUGUUCUGCUUAUUAGCAGAACAAAGGUGGUAGUAAUCCUAAUGUAUUAUGGGCCAGAUAAUAUCUGGAGUAUUCAACCAAGUUCUUGGUGCCCCAUUUUAUAAGGUAUAUAGAUCAUUUAAAACAUGUCCAGAGCAGAGCAACCAGGAUGGUGAAGGUAAAAAAAAAUACCUUUCAGGUCUUUUUUUAGGUCCAGAUCUGUGAUUUCAUCAGUGUGGACAUUUCUGUGAUUUCAUCUUAGUGUGGAAACUCCUUCUACCAAUGCAGAUCUACAACUAACUCAUUUGUAACUUAAAGCCUUAGAGAGAACCUUUCUGGAAGUCUUUCAGAUGAACUUCUUUCAGUGGCCAAAAGGGUCUUCACCUUAGCUAAUGUGCUAGGCUUGUUGGUUUGGAGAAAUAUUGCCUCCAUUUUUGCUUUUUUGUUUCCAGUGCUCCACAGGUAAACCACCGAUUGCUUUGUCACUAAACCCUCUCUCAUUCCUCCUAUUAAAAUGCCAUACUGAGAGCAGGUAAAAGACAAGGGCAUGUUUUGCUCAGAGAAGAUUUGGAGAGCAGGGAGAUAUGGUUUCUGUCUUUAUCCCAAAGUAGACAGAUUCCAUUUGUUUUUGCUUGGCUCUGAAGGAUAGAACCUGGCACCAAUGAAUGAAAGCAUAUAGGAAAAACACAACAAAGCACAACAAAGAUACUUUCUCACAAAUGAAACCGUCUAAAAAUGGAAUGGGCUGCCUUAAGGGAUAGUGCACUGUCUGUUAGUGGAGAACUUUAAGAGGAGGAGAAGACUAAUUCUCCAGCUAGGGACUGGACUAAAUAACCCCUCUUCUACAAUCCUAUAAUUUUGAUCUAACACACUAUGGGAACGUGUUAAAAUAUAAUGAUAUAAUGAAAAUCUGUUGGGCCUCAGUAGACCACAAAUGCCACUAGGAAACCUCUAUACCAAAGGCAGUGGGUCUAUCAAAAAACAUUAAUUCCCACAAAUGGUGGUGCUGCUGAAAAAAAAAAUCAGAUAAGACACCACAGAUCUUACCAAUCAAAUCAAUGAGAAUGACUGUGUAUGAAGACUAUAAAAUGAUAAUCAUUUUUAGUUUGAACAGGAAAUCAUUAGGGCUGUAAAAUUCUUUAUAGUAAGUACAAAAAAUGUGCCAGCCUGCUCACACUUCCCUAACUGCCUCUUUCUCUGAAAGGACACUGGUAUUACAGGCAACAAGGUUCUUUUUACAACGAAGUUGGCAGAAAAUGGUACUUAGGUCUUCAAAGUUUAUCAUAGUUUAGUUUAAGACAUCAGGCUAUAUAAUGUCAAACCUGGCCAGGAAACCCUAAUAUUCAGCCAUCUCUUCUUUUCUCCAUGUGGCAUUCUUUAAAAAAUUAUUUUAUUGAUACAUUUUGUUUUGCUAGAACAAUUCCAAAAACAAUUAUAACCAUGUAAUCUUAAAAAUGGUUAAGCAAAACUGUCUAACACAGCUUUUGGGACCGAUAGCACAAGUAACAUUUUGUUUCUAUAAUUCACCAUUAACAAAAAGAAGAAAGUGUGCUCUAACAUCAGGCAUCUGGAAUCAACAUUGGUUAUGUUUCAUAUGAAUCCUUCAUAGUCCUCUUUCCUUACAGUACAAAAAUAUUUUAUUAUGAUCAUAUACCACAGUUUGUUUAUCCAUUCCCCAAAUGAUGAGCAUAUAAUUUAUUACUAGCUUUUUGCUACUAUAAAGAAUGCUAUGAAUAUUUGAGUACCAAUGGGAUCUUUCGAUGACUUCCAAGAAUAAACUGAAUAUAAACCCAAUAAUGGGAUUGCUGAGCCAAAGGGAUAUGGGUAGUUUAUAACUUUUUCUUGCAUAAUUCUAAAUAUUUCACCAGAAGGGUUGAAUUAAUUCACAGCUACACUAAUUGUUAUCAGUGUGUCUUUCUUCCUACAGCCUAAUAAUAAAGUGAUUAUUUUCAUUUGCUACCAUCUUUGGCAGUCUGAUGGUUGGGAGGAGAUACAUCAGUUGAUGCUAUACACAAAAUUAUAUUUUAUUAUUCUCUUUUAUCAAUUCCUUUCCUUUCUUUCAAGGCUUCUCUGGACCAUUAAGUUAAUCUCCAGAGAAAUGUUUUAAGGAAUUGCUCCUAAAUGCAGAAACUAAUCUUUGAUAAUCAGCUGGCCCAGGAGAAAUAAACCAAUGCCUUCACUUCAUUAGAAUAAGAGUUCUUAAGUUUGCAUAAAAGAUAUGAUAAAAAAUAAACCCAGUGCUUAUGUAGUCAUUUAAAAAUAAAAAUCUUUUCUUUUCCUGAGCAACUGGUAUAAACACAACAAAUUAUUCUGUAUGAUACUUGCAAAUGUGAAUCAUCUAGGUAAUAUGAUUUUUAUAAGAAAUUAUAUACAGUAUAGCAAUGCAGACCAACAGCCUGAGAAGGAAAAAAGUUAGUCUGAGUAUACUCUCGGUCCCAGCACAUUGGGUCCCUAAAGGCACUAGCAUGUUCCCUGCUAUCUCUUAUUUUUUUUUAAUUUUUUAAUUUUUAAUUUUUAUUUUUUUUCCUGCUAUCUCUUAUAAGCUAAGGAAUUCAUUCACAUCCCAGUGCUCCUAUCAGUGUAACUAACAUGCCAUGCUUCAUCUACAAAGAUGUCAAUGCUGACUUACCAUCACUUAAGACAUUUGUUUUUGAGUUGUUUUUCCUAUAGUAAAGUUGUGGCAAACAUCACACAGUUGUUGAUUGACUGGAGUGAAUUCAAUUCAACAAGUAUCUAUUUAGCAUCAUUUAUGUGCAAGACACUGUACCAGGCAAAAAUGAGAAUGUCCCUGUCCUCAAGCAGCUUAUUAUAUUCUACUGGAAUGUACUGUAGCUAUGAACAAAGCAAAACUAAUUGGCCCAACAAGCAUCACAUUCACAAUACUGGUCUCAUCAGCUUCACAUCCUAACUAUACUUGUAUGGCUGAUAGGUUUGUUAUAAAGAAUAACACACUAUUAUUAUUAUUUAAAAAUGCUCUGAGUUUUUCCCAUGGAAGGGUAGUAGGUUUGUUAUAAAGAAUAACACACUGUUAUUACUAUUUAAAAAUGCUCUGAGUUUUUCCCAUGGAAGGGUAUUACUCAGGUAGGUAAAUAGUAUUACUAUGGGUUUCACAGUUACAGCUAAGGAUUUUUAAUAUUGGUGUCAACCUAUGGAUUUAUCUUAAUGGAUAUCUUGUUAAAGACUUUGUUUUUUACGCUCCUUGAAAAAAAAAGCUCCAUAGAGAA